AAACUGGGGCCGAGGGGUCGGCAAAAGAAAGGAUUAAAAUCGUCGCGGUGGCUACGUAAAGGAGUUCAAUGGCAUCGCGGAAUCUGCGGGAAGGAAAACACUGGCACUUCCAACCAGCCAGCCGCGGAGAAGAUAAACAAGCCGCAUGAGGAGAAAACUCUCAGGUGCACCCAGGCUGUGUGCAGCCAUUAAGCGCCACCAUGCUGGCCUGCAUUCAAAGACGGCAGAACCUGUCUUCGCAGUAUUUGACCUGCGUGCCGACAAGCCUGGAUGUCCUGACGCCACCAUUGCUGCUACCUGCGCCCCCACCGUCGCAGUUACACACUAGCAAAGGCGAGCCACCCUCGGCGGCUUCCCGCUACCCGUCUCCCGCCGAGCUGGACGCCUUCGCCAAGAAGACCGCCAACAAUCCACUGUGCAUCAAGAUCUUUCCCUCGGACAUCCGGGUACCGCAACACAAACAGCUGAACAAGACAGUGAACGGCUUGGACACCACGGGCCAUAGCUACAGCCCCUACUCGCAGCCCUACUCCGGAGGCUACCAGGGCUUGUUAGCCAUCGGCAAGGCGGCGGCGGUUAAGGGUGUGGUGAAGAACUCUGAGGGGAAAAGGACCAAACAGACGCACAAUCAUGCUUGUCUGACGCCGUAUAAAAACCCAGUGAAUGGUGGAUAUAGCAUCCGGCACAGGCACAAGGCCUAUCACGUAAACUCGUGUAAGCCCGACGUUCCUGUGGAAACGCUUUGUUCUCGUGCCGGGAUGCCCUCCGGAGAUCACGGCCUGCUCCCUCACUCUGAGCUGGCGGAGGUUCAGAGCCUGAUGAGGCAGCUGAACAGAGUCCCCCGGCCAGGGGGCGAGGCGAGGGCCAGCCCCUCUCUGCAGGCGGUGGCGGCGGUGGCGCGCCCGGACUUGGGCGCGGGCGGGCCCCCGACGCAAAGUAGCAUGGCAUUCGGCGGGGCGGUGGUCCCCACGCAGAGCGCCGCCCACGUGGCCCAAGCAGACUACGCCGUGUGGCAGCGCAGGCAUCAGGUCUACCGACAGGGAGCCGCGAGGAUUUACAACCUCGCGGCGGCCGACUCCGGCGUGGGACAAUCUCCCGAAAGCUGCCUAACUUUGGCGUCCUCCUCUUACGGGGUGCAUCCACCCAUGCAGGGUCACUUGUCCGUCAGACACUUCUUCACGCCGCUCUGGGACGGCCUCACCGCUACGCCCAAUAGCGACUGCUACGCUUCUCAGGUGCCGGGUACCAUGGCGCCCCCGCAUUCCCAACUCCGCCAACACCACCAGACACAUUUCCAUCCUCCCCCUCUUCCAGUUCCUGUUCAUCCUCAGGUCUCAGGCACAGAGCAAAAUGCCUGCUGCGGGCCGCCGGGCGCCAGUCUAUGCCACGCCGCAGCACUCAGCAGAAGUCUGCAGUCUCUGGAGUGCCUCAUCAGUGAAAUCCAGCCGCCCUGCAUCAAAGAGUGCAUGCUGGGCCGCGGGUACGAGGCCGCCGGGACGCAACAGAUGCUGGAGCAGCAGCAGCAGCAGCCUCAUCAUCACGCCCACAUCCAGCUUCCAGUCUACAGAUGAUACACGAGGCGGCCGACGGCAACUCGCUCUGAAAUCCAAUCUGACCCAGUUUGGACAGAAGAACGCACGAAAUCUUUGACCAAAAUAUUCAGGAAUUCUCACCAAAACACGGAAUUUGAAUUUUAGUACGUCGCUCUAAUAGAGGCGUAAGAAAAUAUGGUCAUGCGCCGUCUGCACAGAUCCGCUCCGUUACUUGACAAGUGUCACUAGGGCGGCUUGGCCAUGAAGUUCUGCCUCCGCGAGUGAAAAUUCAAUCCGUGCUUUUACCCUCUCUAUGAGGGCACCCUUUUUUUCCCCCCCUCCCACACUCGAGGCUCUGCAAGGAGUAGCCACUCGUCUGGUCGCAUCCCUCAUACUGUAGCUCCGCCCCCAGUCGUUAUGGUUACGAAAGCACCGGUACCACGGUGGAGGGGGCGCAGGAGAAGCAGCAAAAAAAUGCACACUAUGCCCCCAUUGAAGAAUUAUAGAUCAGCUAGUGGUUAGCAGUUGCACCAGCCCGUAUAGUCGAACAGUGAUUUUCAAACGUUUUACACCAAGUACCACCUUGAAAAAUUCCGAGCUCUCCAACGACUGCCACAAUGACUAAAAUUAAAAUACAGUAGUGAGUAGACCUGAAGGUUCAGCAAAAACGAGACGAGAAAUGACUGUUGCACCCCCCCUCAAAAAAAAAAGUACAUGUAGUACUGUUGUAAGUCACUGGAACCUUAUGCACUGUCUGAAUAUUAACACUGCACUUAAAUAUAGGGCAAAAAAAUGUUCUGAUUGAUUCAAAUAAAAUGUAUUGCACAUUAAAAAAAAAAAAAUAAAAUCAAUGAAAAAAAAUCCUACCUAAAUGCUGAAAAACAAACCGUGCUAAUGUACCGAACGGAAACGCUAAAUACAAAUGAACUGCACUUGGGCAGGGAUUCUUUUGCGUACCACCAGAGGCGAUCAUUUUUUUUUUUUUUAAUCACAGCCCUCAGGAACCCAAAGCAUUGCAUGUGUUUUUGAAUCCUUAAUACAUUGUUUGACUCCCCCCGAAGUUCGGGGUUGAAUUCCGAAUUCUGAGAGUCCGCCAUCAGUUUUCGGUCCCGUGUGUGAAAGGACUUUGCUAGGAAAACGGCAAUCGUGAGCCGAGAUGCUGAUUAAUCUUCACACUGAUGAAGAGCGCUAACAGUGAGCAUUAUCCGCCAUCAUAAUAAUAAUUACAAUAAACACAGAGGUACUGUACUAGAAUCUGCUGACCCGCUCGUCGAGAAUCAUGAACACUCAGGCUUCUCCAAUAUGAUUCUUGUGCUCACUGUAUGGCGGUGGGCGUAGGGGGUAAAGAUGUGAAUAUUUUUUUCUGUGUUGCGCAUUACUCACGAUGAUAAAUAUUCUGUCACGGUUUUUUAACGUUUUAGUUGAUUUUAACGUUGUCCGCCGCAGGUCAGGCCAAGCAGAACGUGCCCUUUGAUUGUGUUUUGACCUGGGGUGGGGGGUCUUGUUUGUUUGUUUGUUUUGGGGUCAUUUUAAGAAACAAGCAUUCACUGGACUUACUGGGUUAACAGUUUCAAUCCAAUAUAAGAACCGAAAUUCUUCCUUCGCAAGUGUCGAGAUGUUUCUGAAAUUUCGAUACGACUCUUGGAUUGGAGCUCAUGAGACUGUGCAGGUGUACUGAUAUUUUGAUUUCCUCUCCACAACUCUGGAAUGUCGUGCCGCCGACACGCAAUUGAAAACAUCACGGCGGGUACUUGCUUGUGUGUCUGCACUGCUUGUAUUAUAUUUAUUUAUGUUGACUUGUAUAGGGGCUGGAAAAAAAAAGUGUCUCUGUAAUUAUUAAGUGCAAUUAUGAUAUCUAUGGACAUGAUGAGGUAUGUUGUUGAAAUAUGUAUGUACAUAAUGUAUGUAUGUGUGACCUGUCCCUUUUCGCCCUCUGCUUCCUAAUGAGGAUUGUCAAGUAAAUGACAUUUUCUAGACCCAAA